UCUUGUUUGUUGGUUGUUGACGGGUAUUUUAACGCUACGUGGUUCAUCACGUGUUCGUUUUUACUGCAUAAAUGUGACUUUUGCAUGAGAAAUAGUGAUGUUUGAACCAUUUUUUAUCAUUUUUAGGUGUAAAAAUAACGAUCAUUAAUGUUAAUUAACAACAUUUGACAGUGAAAUACCGUGAACGAUUUGAAGUAUUCCUGGCUGUUGAAUAAUUAAUUCAAAUUGAAGUUGGACAACGCCAAGGGCUAGAAAUGACUGAAGCAGCGCCAAAACUAUAUGAUAUUAUUCAUCCUACUCCAAUAUCGCUGAAAGAACUGUCAGCAAUGGCCAUUUGCCUCGAAUUAUGGCACCAUAAAGUGAAUGAAUAUCGUACGGGUGGGCAGUUGAAGGAAUUCCAACGAUACAUAAUAUACAAUAUUGCUACUUGGAUCAAAAGUACACUUCCUGAUUUACCUUCAACGAUUUAUGAAACGAUCGAAAAAUUUCUCACUCGAUUUGUGGAUUCAUUCAGACAUUGGCAACAUGAACAUCAUAAACAAGUAUUCGGCUGGAACAGUCACGAAAACUAUAUUUUACAAGACUUCAACGAUUUCGCAUGCGAUUAUGACUGCUCCAUUCAUUAUGUCAGAACAGCCGAACGUAUGAUGCGUUGUGAAGGGUUCGAUGCAGAGAUAAAGUUUAAAAUCGCCUGUAUGUAUUUCUUCGAAGAUGAGAUCAAACGAAUUUGGCCCUCUGUGUCAAACCACUUGAGCGUGGAAUUAAUUCAUUUCAUUCUUUCCCCGCAAUUGUAUUACUGGGUUUGCCGACUCACGAAUCAAUUAGGCAAAAUACUAACCCAAAACAGUGAAACUGUCGAUGAAAAAAUGUAUGCUGAGGCUAUGCCUCAUAAUAGGCCUUCGAUGGAGUAUUUUUGGAAUCGUAUACCUCUCGAAAAACGAAUUAUGCUAGAAUAUGGUACAUUUUACAACACAGAUUUCGUUAGAUUUAUUUUACCAAAAUUGGAGGAAAGACAGCUUGAUGAACUCGUGAAUGAUGGAAUUAGUUUUUAUACACUGUUCCGUUAUCGUCAUUUUGAUGAAGAGGUGGUCAUUCUGAGAACUUGGUCGUAUAUUAAGAACAUUAUGAAAGAAGACACUUUUGCAGAUCUUGUCGUUAGGUUGAUAGAAAUUGAGAAGUGCGGGAACGAGGACGACGAGGAGUGGGAGAAACCAAUUGAUGACGAAAAGUGGGAAUAUUUGUCUAGUGAAAUAUGGAACGAUACCCCGCUUAAUCUUAAACAAUCGGCGAUUCGACUUAUUUCAUCCGAGAGUGAUUGGUUGGAAAAUAUGAAUAUCAUGGUAGAAGAGCAUUAUUCGAAUCAAAUACGCCUCGAGUUUCUAUUGCUCAUCCUACAAGAUGCAUCUUCCAAAGAAAGAGCCUCGUUCUUGCAUAACUGUUGGUGUACUUUGAUUAAAGCUAUUCUAAUCAACGAUUUCCAACGUAUGGUGCAACUGUGCUUUAAAAACGACUAUGAGAUUACCCGGUUCAAACAAAACUUCAUAAUUAACAGCGAAGUUGUACGUCAAGUCGGCGCUUGGUUAUUGAGACGUAUUUGUUUCUGGUGGUUUUUCGACGAAUUGAAUGCUUUAGUGAGUUUUUGUUAUCCAGAAUUUCAAGCAGCGAGAAACUUCAAGGAACAAAUAUUGCAGCCUGUUUGUCUCGGCGAAGAUUAUCAACUCAGUCGUCGGAUUGUCAGCAAAAUCGAGGUCUUUGGUGACUUUGUUAAAGGCGUUUCCGCUAAUUUUAAAAAUCGGCUCAUGUCGUCACCUUCAUUUAUGAAGGAUUUAUCGAGCGUUAUUUGCGACAAAGAUAUCUGGGAUGAAGAAAUUUCUUUGAAAAUACUCACUGAAUUUAGUGAAAUCCUUGCUUCAACGGAAGAAGCUCUGAUACACUUCAAAAUGAGUUUGACUGAUUCGUUGAAAGAGUACCUGAUUACUUCUGCACGACGUAACCGUGACGAUCUAUUCAGCAAGGAAGAAUUCAACUGGAUUUUAUUAUGGUGCUUAGGAAGUAGCGAGGUAGUUGAAGAAUUCAAAUUAACCUGUAUUCUUAGUUUAUCCAGAUUAACCUAGAACUCGUGUCAUAGAAUUUGUAUGAAAAUUCUUUAUCAUAAUAGGUAGGUAGAGGUACUUGCGAAUAAAAUUGGUUAAUUUAAAAACAAAAUAUCUCUAAAAUUUCCUUAAUUGUCAUAAAAAAUUCUAAACUAUAAAAUAUUGCCGGAAGCUAUCAUGGAUUUUGAAAAAAAAUCUGAAACUAUGAUAGCCUAAAUGCUGAAUUGCAAAUACCUAUUCAAAUUAAAAUCAACUCAAGUUUGAAAAAAUUUGCAAAAAAUGCUACAAUUAUUUUUGGAACAUCGUGGAGAAGUUUGCUCGCCUUGCAAUUUAAUUAUACAUAUGAUCUAUGAUUUUUAAUACGAUUUUCGCAUCUUUUCUAGAAAUUUUUUGAAUUUCGGAAAACAAUGUGCAUUUUCUGAUAAUUGUUAUCGUUUUUUUUUCUUUCUUUAAAAUUGUAAAGGUUUGUAGCAAUAUUCGGAUAUUUUUCGUCCGAAUUUCCAUGUUCAUUUCAGGUAUUAUUUGUGGUAGUUUUCAGAGAUUCGAAUAUUUAUGACAAAUUUAUCAUUUUAUUUACAUUUAGUUUUAUGAGUUAUUACUGAUUUCCAUUGUAAUUCACGUAGUUUUUUGAUGAUUGUGUAAUUGUACUUUUUUUUUGUAUCUAAUGCUUUAUGAAUUUUUUAUUGUACCUUGUAUGAUAGUUUCUUAUCAUUUUUUUUAUACAAAACUUGACACUGUGAAAGAUUGUUAUGUCAGUUAUACUUAUACCUGUUAUUAAAAGAUUAUUGAUGACAAUGCAUCUA